AUGGAGCGUGGCUCGUUCCUUUCAAGAGGAAGCUCCAGUUCGUUAUCGAGUCUUCUUUCCCUCGACGAAAAGUCUUUCCUUCCUUUACCAGUGCAUCAAAAGGCGAGAAUCAGGGUUCCGGCACUUCUAGGGCACAGCUUAUACCGGAGGGUGAUCUUGUGGUGCGCCGCUGUUCUCUCACUAUCAUGCCUUGCUCUCUUCGGUGGGAUCCGCCAUCCGAGGGGCGCGAUACUAGACUGGGUGGAUCUACGACCGACUGCCAAAGACAGAUUUGAGGAACCGCAUAUGAUAUUGGUGCUACCAGCAGCGAACGAUACCACAGAGGUGCCAGAAGGCGAGAAUAUGCCUAGCUGGCUUCGAUUUAGGCACCUCAAUGGAUAUUUCAACGGUCUCAAGGCCCUGGUUCCUGCCAGCGAUCACAAGCCGGAGUACCCCAGACUAUCCGGCGAGGAGUCACCAUUCCCACUCACCGUCACAUACACGGGGUUACCAACUCCAACCCCUUUCGUGCCACACCCGGACUACGAAUCAUCCGAUUACAAGGUCAAGCACCACAAAGUUGAGCCUUGUUACCUGGAUAAGGACAAGAGAAUACCCGUCCCCGACCUUUACGCCUACCACGGCAGAGUCCAGGGCCAACCAGACCCAAUAAUAGGCUCACAUAGCCUCUUAGGAUUGAGAGACGACAUUUGCUUUGACAGGUUCGGAAGAUACGGGCCAUACGGGCUGGGUUACAGCUAUGAUGCGGGUGGUCUGGAAGUUGGUUUGGACACCGAGCGUCGAGGAAGCGAGGUGGUCUGGGAGAAGACAGGCAAGAUAAACUACGAUAAGAUUGGAAUAGACUGGGGGGAUGCACAGGCUCGAUGCUACGAGUCUAACAAGAGGCGUUUCGCCGGGUCAGCGGAACGGGGUUCGCCGCUCCAACAAUCAUUAAGGCGCCGGGAGCGAACAACGAUACCACGACAGGCAGUCGUGAUUCGGGCUUUUACGGGGUUUCAGUGGACGCACCACGCGAUUCUCAACUUCCGCGCUAUGGUCUCCGAGCUUGCUCUGCGAUCGGGGGGCGAGUACCAAGUCCACCUUCUCCUUCAUGUCCGCAACGAGAAGGAGCCGAUCUGGGCAGAUCCGGUCACAGCACAGCGGAUUCUCGACGAAAAUGUGCCCGAUGAGUUCCACAGCCUUUGCACUCUUUGGACGGAGGCACAAAUGAGGCUCCUAUACCCAGGGGAUUUCGGGCCGAGUGUUGAGGAUCCAAGCGGCAUGGACAUUCACGGAGUCUAUCGGAGUGCGCACAUGGCCCUCCAGCACUUCGCAAUGUCGCACCCCGAGUACGAAUACUUCUGGAAUUGGGAGUUGGACGUGCGCUGGCUCGGAAACUACUACGAGCUUUUUGACCGCCUUGGUAUCUGGGCUAAGAAGCAGUCGCGCGUUGGGAUGUGGGAGCGCUCAGCAAAGUAUUACAUACCGAAAUACCAUGGAGACUGGAACUCGUUCACCGAUCUCGUCCGCAACGAGACCCAUGCCAGCGGACGUUCCGCCAUUUUCGGCCCCGUGGAAUUCCCCGGUAAAGCCCCUCUCCGCUCCGAGACAGGCGGCAAGAGCUUUCUUCCGGCGUCAUGUAUCGAUGGAGACAAGUCCGAAUGCGGUGUGGGUGAGGAUGCCGACCUCAUCACCCUCAACCCUAUCUUCGACGCCGAAGAGUCAGGCUGGGUUUUUGCGUCUGAUGUGACGGGCUACAGGCUCACGGACCCAACGCCUCCCCGACGAUGCGCCAUUGUGACGGCCUCCCGCCUCAGCCGGCGGCUGCUGGAGGUCAUGCACGAGGAAACGUGGCGGAUGCACCACACCAUGUUCAGCGAAAUGUUCCCUGCCAGCAUGGCGCUGCAUCACGGCCUCAAGGCCGUCUACGCGCCGCACCCCGUGUACAUAGACCGUAAGUGGGAUUUGGAUUCGGUGGACCAAGCGUUUAACGGCGGCCGCGACCACUCGGCCGGCGGGCACGGCAGCCCCUUUGACCUGCGGAACGAGCACAACCACAAGGGCACGACGUGGUACUACAACAGCGAGUUUGCCGGCUUGCUGUGGCGCCGCUGGCUGGGGUACGCACAAUUCGAUGGCCGCGGCACCAACGGGGGCCGGUCGGGUGAGGGGACGUUGCGCGGCGGGCGGGAGGAGGAGGAGACGGCUGACAGCACCGGGCGGCUGUGCCUGAGGAGCAUGCUGGUUCAUCCGAUCAAGUUUGAGCAUCCGAGCGAGCUUGAGUGA